AUGGCAACAGAGGACAGGGAGAUGAUGGAAGGCCGGGGGGCAGGAGAAAGCUGCCCAACCUUCCCCAAGAUGGUGCCUGAUGACCCCAUGUCCGAAGGGAAGUCAAAGGCUUCUUUGGCCCAGGAGGCAGAGUCCCCCAAGCCAGACUCGUCCUACGACUACCAUGAGGAGAUGGAAACUUGUGAGGACAGAGGCUGCCCGGGGCCACCUAAGUCACUCUCCUCCAAGGCCAGCCCCGCCACCACCAAGGGCCAGGAGGGCGAUGGACCUGAACGUGCAGAGCCGCCCCUGGCCCCAGCCGCAGCGGCGCCGGGGACCCCAGGGCCCCAGCGAAACGACGAGAUGGAGCUGGAGAAGAUGCGCAUGGAGUUCGAGCUCGAGCGGCUCUGGUACCUGCAGGAGGAGAACGAGCGGCAGCGGCAGCACGAAGAGGUGAUGGAGCAGCUGCGGCAGCAGGCGACGCCCCGCCUGUUCUCGGGAGGCCUCCAGGAUCUCCUGCUUCCCCAGAACCAAUUCGCCAUGUUCCUGUACUGCUUCAUCUUCAUACACAUAAUCUAUGUCACCAAGGAGAUGGUCUUCUUUCUCUUCUCCAAGCACUACCUGUUCUGCAUCGUGGCCAUGUUGCUCUGUUUGAUUAAAACUUUAUGGUCAUACUUCCAAUUGCCGUCUCCCCCGGGGCCGGCCAGUCUUAUGAUCCAGCGGAUCCUCCUGGGGAGGCCGGGCCGGGGAGAGGGCGCGGGCGCCGAGCGGCGGGGGCAGCGGGCGGGCGCGGCGACCGGGGCCCGGGCGGGGAUCCGGGCAGCGACCGAGGCGGCGGCAGCGCCCCGGGCCCGCCGCCCCCUCCCCUCGGGUGGGGGGAGUCGCUGCAUGGGGCCGGGGGGUCGGCCGUGCUGCGCUGAGCGGCGGCGGCGGCGGACCCCCCAGGCGGGCUGGGGCUGA